AGACAUACCUCACAAGUUGCGAAAGAGUCUAAUGCGCAAGAGAUACCUCAUCGUGUUAGACGAUAUAUGGGAAGUUAAGGCAUGGGAAGAGUUGCGAUUAUCUUUCCCAUAUGGUGAAGAUGGAAGCAGAGUAGUGGUAACAACUCGAGAUGAACAAGUGGUUAGGCAGCUUAAGCUCCACAGCGAUCCACACUUUCUUCGAUUUCUCACAGUGGAUGAGAGCUGGGAAUUACUCCAGAAGAAAGUUUUUCAAGGAGAAAUCUGUCCACAAGAGUUACUCGAAGCAGGAUUGCGAGUUGCCAAAAACUGUAAAGGAUUACCACUUGUGAUUGUCUUGAUUGCUGGAAUUAUUUCAAAGAAAAGGCAAGCCUCUUUGUGGUUUAAGGUCGCAAAUGAAUUAAGUUCCCAUGCUUUAGAAGAUCAAAGCAUGAAGAUAAUAGAAUCAAGUUACGACCAUCUGGAAGAUCACUUAAAGGCUUGCCUUCUUUACACGGGAUUGUUUCCAGAAGACUACAAUUUUCCGGUUUCUAUUUUGCUAAAGUUGUGGAUGGCUGAAAAUUUUGUACAGAAUUCGUACACAGAUAACUUGGAGGAAGCAUAUACAAAUUUCUUGAAUGAUCUAGUGAGCAAAAGCCUUGUAAUGGUUUCUAAAAGGAGAGAUAAUGGUGAGAUAAAGUACUGCACUCUUCAUGAUGUAGUGCGUGAGUUUUGCUUGAGAAAACUUGCAAAAGAAAAGUAUAUGCAGGUCAUAAUCCCAUAUAAUCCAUACCAAUUUUUAGGUGUAAAGGAACCUCGAUUAUGUGUAUAUGUUCAUGACGAUCUGGCCAAGCAGUUGAUGGAGCAUGAAUAUUCAUUGAAUAAAAUUCCAACGUUGGCGGAGUUGAGUGAAGUAGGAUCUCUUGAGUUCAUUGCUCAUCCAAACCUCUGUAAAUGGGACCUGAGUUUGACAAAUCAUGUCCUUUUACUUGAUUGCAUUAGACUUAUUCGGGUGUUGGAUUUGUCGAAUGUCUACUUGAAUGUAUGUUAUUGGGCUAGGGCAAUGCAAGCAGUAACUCACUUGAGGUAUCUUGCAAUAUGGACCGAAAAAUUUGAUUUCUCGUGGGUAUCACACUUACUCGAUCUACAAACUUUGCGGGUGGGGUGGCGGCCUAAUUCAUUAAUAAGUAAGAUAUCCCCUGCUGGUCUUUGGAAAAUGCAGAAGCUAAGGCAUGUGGAUAUCAAGGAAAUUGAAUUCGAAUGGGAAGACAAUGAUCGAGCAAUUUUCGAAGAAUCUUCACGAACUGUGUUACCGAACUUGAAGUCUUUCGGGAAAUGCUGUAUAUAUUUGGCUGAUAUGACUCCGGAGUUCUGGUGGAGAUUUAAAAAUAUUGAACAACUCAAGCUCCACAUUGUUGAACCUAGAUAUCAUAAGUUCUCCUCACCAGAAUUUGAUAUGCCGAAUCUUGAAGAACUCCCACUUCAAUCUCUCGAAGUGGGCUUCUCAGUCAUGCCAGAGACGCAUUUCUUUGGAACCGGAAGGGGCAGCUGUAUUGUUUUCCCCUUAAAUCUAAAGGAAUUGUCCAUUCAUAGCAUUGUCCUAACAGAAAAAGUUGUUUCAAAUAUUGCUAGACUGCGAAAUCUUGAGAGACUCAAACUACGUAGAAUACGCUUCAAGGAUGAAGAUAUCAAAUGUUGGGAUGUACGUGAUUACAAGUUCCCAGCACUCAAAUAUUUGAACUUAAAAGUUGUUUAUAUGACCAAAUGGCGCUCCUCAGACGCAUCCUUCCCCGUGCUUGAGAAACUGGUUAUACGUCGUUGUGAGUAUCUUCAACAGAUCCCGUCUAGCUUCGCGGAUAUCCAAACACUGAAGUUGAUCAGAUUGUGGGGCUGCAUGCAGUCAGUUGAGGAUUCAGCUCUCAACAUUAAAAAAGAAGUAGAAGAUAUGACUGGAUGUGACUCUCUCCAAGUUCAAGUUGAUUUUAAAAAUAUCCCCCGUGGAAGAAAAGAUCACGAUUUACGAAUAUUUAAAACUGUUGUUUAUUAAAAUUUUAAGUUCUGCUUAUUCUGAAGUGGAGAUGAAAAUGGAAGCAGAAUACUGGUGACAACUAGAGAUGAAGAGGUGGCUAGGCAGCUUAAGCAUCACAGUAAACCAUAUUUUCUUCAAUUUCUAAUGGUGGAUGAGAGCUGGGAAUUACUUCAGAAGAAAGUAUUUCAAGGUGGAAUCUGUCCCGCAGAGCUAGUCAAAGCAGGACAACGAGUUGCCGAAAACUGCAAAGGAUUACCACUUGUGAUCGUCUUGAUUGCUGGAAUUAUUGCAGAGAAAAGGCGAGCCUCUUUGUGGCUUGAGGUUGCAAUGCUUUAGAAGAACAAAGCAUGAAGAUAAUAGAAACAAGUUAUGAUCAUUUAAAGGCACUACAGAUUUUCAGUGUCCAUUUUGCUAAAGUUGUGGAUGGCUGAAAUUUUUACAGAGGUGAACAUGGAGGAAGCAUGUAAAAGAUGCUUGAUUGAUGUAGUGAAUAGAAGCGUAAUAAUGGUUUAUGAAAGGAGAGAAGAUAAAGUAUUGUGUUGUUCAUGAUGUAGUGCGUGAGUUUAUCAUCCUACAUAUAUAUUCUUAAAUAAAUGGGGUAGCUGUGACAUGACCUUCCCUUCAAUUCUAAAGGAUUUGUCCCUUCAUAGCGCUCCUCAGAGGCAUCCUUCCCCGUUCUGGAGAAACGAAUUAUGGAUAAUUGCAGGCUUAGAGAGAUCCCUUCUAGCUUUGUGGAUAUCCCAACACUGAUGUUGCUUAAGUUGAUUGCCUACAGUCUGAACGUUAAAAAGGAAGUAGAAGAGAUGACAGGGUAUAAAAGUCUCCGAGUUCAUGUCUUGUAGAACCAAUAAAUCAUGAUAAGCUUUUGCAACAGCCUUCAUUAUCUGGCAUUUCGGGUCGAGGAGACAUCCAUAGCAGCUAAACCGUUAAUGUCGUCUUCUUAUUUCUGUUCUUCACCAAAGCUACAUAGAUACAGAGACGCGCGAGAGGAAAUGUUUUGCUUAGUGGAUUGCUUGAUUCUGCAUUAUUGCCAGAUUAGCAAUUGCAUCAUCAUCUCCAAGCUAAUAUGUGUAGGAUUUCACCCCUUUGAUUUUUCCACAUUCGAUUUCGCUACAGUUUACCUUGCCUAUAAUGUAACAUCACUAUAUAUAUAAUCACAGAACAGGGAGAAUGUUGUAACUCAUUGAAUUACUUUCUAUAGUAAAUAAUUCCCAUUAAUUUCCUUUUA